CACUAGGGCAGUAGUGUUGGGUGGUGACUUCAACUGCCCCAUUGAGGUGGACGGGCGCAGUUCUGGCACAUCCGCCAACCUGGACGUGACGUCUAAACUGCUGAUUGAGAUGGUGACGGAGGCAUCCUUGCAGGACGUUGUUGGGUCCAUCGGGAACGGCUCCGUAAACUAUACGUGGAGCCGCCCCGAUGGCUCGCUCCGUUCUCGGAUAGACUUCAUCUUCACUUCGAGAGCAGUCAGAAAGGUGUCGUACUCUAUGGUCCCCUGCUUCUUCUCUGACCACAGGGCCAUUCGAUUCCGGGGGACUCUGGGCCAUGGAUUCCCACCUGGCCCAGGCUCCUGGAAGUUGAAUUGUGCCCUGUUGGAGCAGAGGGAGGUCAUGGAGGAACUUAGGGAUGCGUACCUUGUAUGGCGAAAUGACAAAUGUCUGUUCAAGUGCAUCAGCGAUUGGUGGGAAUAUGUUAAAGUCGAAUUCCGUUGUUUCUUUCAGGCAAAAGGCAGACAACAGGCGUGUGCGAAGAAGUGGGACUUCAGGAAACUGCAGCGCGAGCUGCGGUCCCUGCAGGACCUGCUCCAGUGUGGCUGGGACGUCAGGGAGGAGCUGGAGGAGACCAAAAAGAGCUUGAAAAGGCACUUUGAGGAGGAAUCCAAGCGAAUCGUCUUUCGUUCCAAGGUGGAGAACCUGGAGAAGGAGCUCUUCGCUGAGACUAUCCGGCAGAAUGGAGAGAUCAGAGGGAUCACCGCACCAGGACCAGAUCGCCACGAGGUCAAGUGCUCGCUCUACAUGGACGACGUGAUCGUCUUCUGCGCUGACCAGCGUUCGGUGACUGCACUCGUCCAGACCUGCGAGGACUUCGGCAGAGCUUCGGGGGCAAAAGUCAACUGCGGGAAGUCGGAGGCCAUGCUCUUCGGGGAAUGGCACCUGGCUUCUUCCGCCCCCUUCCCCUUUACUGUUAAGCCGGACUUCAUUCAAAUUCUUGGAGUCUGGUUCGGGAAGGAAGGAGCGGCCCUUAAGUCUUGGCAAGACCGACUAGGAAGGAUAAACUCGAAGAUCGGACUGUGGAGCUCCAGAAAGCUCACGAUGGAAGGCAAGGCACUUGUCCUGCGGAGUGAAGUUUUGCCUGUGCUCCAAUAUACCGCACAGGCCUGGCCUCCCCAUACCACCCUCGUCCGUUGA